AUGGAAAAUUUUGUUCUUCCACCGUACACGGUUUCCCAAAAACUUGGAUCUGGUACCUUCUCCACCGUCCGCUUGGCAACGGAUGAGCAACGACGGAGGUGGGCAGUUAAGAUCAUAGACAAGGCUAAACUGCGAAAGGAAGAAAUGGAAGGCCAAUUGAUGCGGGAAGUAGAGGCCAUGCGCGUAUUUAAGCAUGAAAAUAUAAUUGCAUUUCACGAUUUCAAGGAAACGCCAACUCACUACUGCCUGGUGUUAGAGUUCGUAUCGGGCGGUGAGCUGUUUGACAAAAUCGUUGCUGCGAAACGCUUUGACGAACCGACUGCACGACGCUACUUCCAACAGCUCAUCGCCGGCGUUCACCACUGCCACGGCAAGGGGUUCGCUCACCGUGACUUGAAGCCCGAAAAUCUUCUGCUUGAUGCUGUCGGAGUGCUGAAAAUUAGUGAUUUUGGCUUUUGCAGCAAUGGCAGUGGCGACAGUGACCUCCCUUCCAGCAGGGCUAUGGGGACCCCGAACUAUAUUGCUCCCGAGGCACUUAGUGGAAGCGACCACAACGCAUUCGCCGCUGAUAUUUGGAGUUGUGGUGUCAUUCUUUACGUCAUGCUCGCUGGAAAACUCCCCUUUGAGGAUCGUAACCAGAAAUCCCUUCUUGAGAAAGUCAAGCGCGGUGAGUACGCUAUGCUGCGGCAGGUGUCUGAGGCUGUAAGGGAUUUAGUCAAGCGCAUGUUGACUGUGGACCCCCAAAACCGUAUCACCCUUGAGGGUAUCAUUUCCCAUCCCUGGUUUGCCGUUGGUUGGGACCCUAAGUGUCUAAAGGAGGCUGCGUAA